CGAAGGAACGCGCGGAAGCGGCGGCUGCACGGCCAGACAGCGGAACCAGAACCCGACAGCGGUCGCCAAGCAUCGUCCACCCGGGUCUCCGGCCAAGGAAUCUCGGCCUGACUCUCGCCCAUUCGGAUCCUAGAGGAGGGCCGACGGCUCCAGGGAUUUGGGCGCUUCGGCGCCCGGUGUGUUGUGUGUGUGUGCGCUACCGACGACCGCCCGUCGGCCGGCGGGCGACGACACUCGGCUCGGCCGGUCGAACUGUAUACUUCGGACGGGACGCCUUUGCACGGUCUUCGCAUCGCCUUCUUGGGCCAGGACCAAGGCCGCCGGGGCCCGUCCUUCACCCGGAACCUCCCCGCUCUCGUGCCAGGGAACAAAGCAUUUCAGAGACGACGCCAGUAGGAAUUUUCGGUCGAAAGAUUUAUCGCGGAAAUAGAACUGAAAGUCUUCAUCUGAUGGAAGACGUGGGUGACGUCCUUUCCUAAUCUCCAUUCUGAUCCGGACGAAGGACACCCACCGCAAGAUUCGCCCCAAAGGAGAAAGAAAAUUAUAGUUGUAUCCGGAAAGGACCAGAUGAGCACUCGGACCGGAACUGGAAGGUCGAAGAGCCCGCUCCUCGGCUAUUUGCUGCUGACGGGACUUUUGUGGGCCCAACGGGUCUCUUCCGACCCGCCGCCUACUGCCAGACCCCAGCAAAUAUUUGCCAUAGAGCCGGCGGACAGAACAGCCAUUGUCGGAGCCAAAGUGGUGCUACCUUGCAGGGUUUUGAACAAGGUCGGUACCCUACAGUGGACCAGAGAUGGAUUUGGAUUGGGUUCGGAUCGAGAAUUACGAGGAUUCCCUCGAUACACAAUGGUGGGAAGCGACGAAGAAGGUGACUUCUCCCUGCAGAUCACGAAUGUCAAUCUGGAUGACGACGCGGUUUUUCAAUGCCAGGUGGGAGCCGCCGAAGGAGUUAAAGGAAUCAGAUCUAGAAAUGGAAUAUUCACGGUAUACGUACCACCGGAACCGCCUCAUAUUGUCCAAGGAGACUUCCUACGGACCACGGCUGGAAUGACGGUGGAAUUGACCUGCGAAUCCCACGCGGGAAAGCCUCCUGCCGAAUUAACGUGGUUGGAUGGCGAUGGGAACAUGGUGACAGGAAAUAUAGAAUAUACCACGCAAACGUUGAGCGACGGCAAAAGAGCCAAUGCCGCUCUUAAAUGGACAUUGGUGCCUAGUCGAGAACACGAUGGAAAAACUUUUACUUGUAGAUCGGAAAAUCCCGCCUUGAAACAACCCCUCUAUGCCUCAAUGAAAAUGGAAGUAAAAUAUGCUCCUGAAAUUACAUUGCAUGUUAAUCAAGAGAAAAUUACAGAGUUAGAAAAUGUCAAAUUUACAUGUGAUGCUGUUGCUAAUCCAGCAGAUGUUGUGUAUAAAUGGUAUAGGAAUGAUGAAGUAGUAGUUGGAGAUCAAAAUACAGUAUAUGUUAUUCCUAGAAUUACAAGGGAUUUUAAUGGAGAUACCAUCAGUUGUGAAGUUAGUAAUUCAGUAGGAACAAGUAAAUCUACACAUACAUUAAAUGUUUAUUAUGGACCAGUAUUUAAAUCAUCUUUUGAAAACAUUGCUGUUGACAUUGGCUCCGAUAUACAUUUAAAAUGUGAUGUUGAUGGAAAUCCUACACCAGAAAUAAUUUGGACAUUUGAAGGAUCUCCAACAGUUCUUAGUACACAACAAGAAUUAAUUAUAAAAUCUGCAACAAUCAAAGAUGCAGGAAAAUAUACAUGCCGAGCAUCAGGAAAGGGAUUUGCAGAAAUUUCUGGUGAUGUUAUGGUUUUCAUAAAAGGUGCUCCUAAAGUCAUUAGUGAAUCAAUUCAAUAUGGAGUUAAAGGAGAAUUAGUAAAAGUAGAAUGUUUGGUAGAAUCUGUCCCACCUCCAACUCGUAUCACAUGGUCAAAAAAUUCUCAGCAUUUAGACAUAGAUAACAAUGAAGGAUAUGAAAUUGUUGAAGAACCUCAACCUGAUGGUGUAAAAAAUAUGUUAGUCAUUCAUAAUGCUGAGGAUGACCAUUUUGGUCAAUAUAAUUGUUCAGUCUGGAAUGAAUUUGGCCAUGAUAGUCUUCUUAUCACUGUUCGCAAGCAAAAGAGUUUGCCUAUGCUGAUAAUUCUCUCUGGAGUAAUUGGUGGAAUUGUUCUCAUUGUCUCAGUAACUAUAAUAAUAAUUUUAUGUUUGAAACGAAAAUCAGUUGUUAAAGAAACAUCUAGAAGAAAAGAUCAACCUGAAGCGGGAUUUGAACCCGCAACUCCUGCAAGCCGGGCAGAUGAAGAUUUUGGAUCAGAGAAAAAAGCCAAACAAUCUGAUUCUGCAUCUUCUGGAGAUUCUGAUUUGAAAGCUGAAAUUAGAACAGCAUCAUCAUUAUCAAACAAUGAACAUGAAAGAAGCUGGGAGGAAACGAGUGAUACAACAAGGACACAUGACACACAGGAUAUAUAUAAAUAUUCUGCUGAUUAUGCAGAACCAACUUUUCCACCAAAAGCUGAUACUCAAAGUAAUAAUGGAUACAUUCCCUAUGUUGAUUAUUCAAGAGAUUACAAUCCACCUUCUGUUCAUUUAAAUGCUAGCAGAGACAGUGGUUUAUAUGGAAGUUCACCUCAGUCAUUGGAUGAACUGGGUCAUUCUAUAGAUCCUCGCUAUCGUGCCAGUUAUGCCAAUCCCUAUCUUCGAACUUCCCAGUCGAAUUUACCGCCACCUCAGGGUGUUUACGUCACUACAUGGAGUGGGAGUCCGACUACGCCCGGUCCUAAUACUACUCAGAAUCGUUACAUAACUGCUCAGCAUUCACAAACACACCUCAAACCGGGAACUCUAGCGACCCAUGUUUGACAUCUAUCAAAUUCUGUAAGUCAGACGACUGCCACCAUUUGCUCAGUCAACAAAAAGUGAAGUCCAGUUUCGUGAUCAAUAUCAUUCAGUAACACGAAAAGGCUUCCAUUAGUAUCUCAAACUACCAAGUUGUUAAUCCUUGGUUCUGAUGUUCAGCAGGGUUUUAACAUGGGUUAGUUGUUUACCCAUAAGUCCAAGUAAACUCAGUGCCAAGGAAUGUCCAAAGAAGUUGCAGGUGAAGAUGUUUCCUCCAUGUACAGAUAAAAUACAAGACAGUGAUUGUUAAAGUAUAGUAAUGGGACAAAUUAACUAAUUACAAUAAAGUUUGCCUCAAACAAAAUCUCUGGGACAUUCUUGUUUCCAAUUAUCAGGGUGAACAGUCAUGAAAUACUGACUACUAUGCAAUAAAGUUGAUGUAUGUUGGAUGCUAUUGUUAGAGAAUAUAAUAAAAGAAAUGACAAAAUUAUAAUUGUUAAUGUAAAUCUCAAGUGUGUGCCAGACAAAAUCAAACCGGAGCUAUCUUGACCGUUAUUGUUUGUGGAACCAACAGAAACUUGCAUAUUUCAGUAACUCUGGUAAUUAUAACUACACUUGGACCACACCGUGGUAGAGUGUUUGAACAGUGGUGCUUAACAUUUGUGUUACUUUCCUCAACUAUCGGUUAUUUGCCACUUUUGUAUUGUUACAUCAGUGUCUUUGAUCAACCAAAUCAGUGCUUCUACAAUAUGUAACAAUAAUCCAAACAAGGGUAGAUUUCUCUUGGAUUUCCAAAACUUAAACAUUCUCAUCAUCAUCAUCACAUUACUGUUUCCAGUGCCGUUGUGAAUCUAAUUAUCUGGCAUGUCCUCUAUUGCCUUGUUGUUGGGUGAACAUUGCAAUUGCAGCUCAUCCAUUGAGAAGUCAAAUUUAUAGUAUUUGUUUUCAUAUAUAAUUUUACUUUUGGUGAUACAUCAAUAGUGAAAAUUUUAAAAAGUUAGCAUAUAUAUACUGUAUAUUGUAAGCAGAACAUUUUCACGGAUAAAAUUGAAACAUUUUGUACAUUUAGGAAUUUUUAAAGAUAUCAAAGUAAAAAAAAGAAUCGUUCAGUAACAUACGCUUCCGACAAGCUUUUUGUUCACUAUUGAUGGAUCGCUUGCCAUUUUUAUUUACAUCGGCAUAUAUGUAAUUUGAAGAAUAUGUUUGUUUUGUUCUAUCGCUGUAAAUUUUGUGUCUUUGGACAAGUUGUGUGUCCUCGUGGACAAUAUGUUGCCAGUCGAGCCAUCGUUAACUUGCCUUGUAAAUAUAUGUACAAACCAGUAAAUAGCCAUUCAGCGAUGGCUGCAUCCCAAGUAUUUAUGAUGUUGAAUUCGAUAUAUAUCGACAUCGCCACUUUAUAUUUUUCACUGUGAAUGACGUAAGCAAUAAAGUUUCAGGAAAUUACA